CCUGUUUGAAUGAUAAAAUUUCUCUUUUUCAAAAAAAAUUUUACUUUCACUUUUGCUUUUGUUGUUGGUGUUUUAGUGUGAACACAACCAUUGUCCAUUAUCCAGGGCAAGAGUUCAUAAAUAUGAAUUGUUGAAAAAAAAAUUGUCAAAAUAAAUCAGUACUUAAUGUGUUUUAGCCAUCAUUCGAUGAUCAGCUGGCCAAUGUAAUGAACACAUUUUUUAUCGGAAAAAUUUGAAUCAAAUAUGGAACUUUCGUUGUGAUUUAUCUUUUCGGUUUUUUCUUCAGUAUUUUUGUUUCACUUUGACCAUCCAAUUAGGUGUCAAAAAAAUUUUUUUUUUUUUUUUUGGUUUCAAAUCAAAAUCAAAAUUCCACGAUGAAAGUUUUUGAAAUGUUUGGAUUCAAAUAUUUGCUUGUUACAUUCAUUAUAUUGUAUUGUUAUCAGCAAACAGUGUUGGCAGCAUUUCGUACAUCCAGUGCACGAUCAUCAUCCGGUGGACCACGAGCACGUUCCCGUUCUAAUCAACGUCAUCGUGAUUCACAAACUUGUCAUCUAAAAGAAGUUGAUUCUUGUCUUGAUAAGAUACAAACAUUGACUAAAGGACCAAAUCCAUCUUCAAUCAUAACUACAUCGGAUGGUCUGGAUAAACUUUGUGGAACUGUGGACGAUAUACUGAAAUGUGUGAAAGGUUAUUUUAAAAAAUGUGGUACACCAUUACAACGUGAAAUCUAUGAUCUCACUAUCGAACAUUUUACACGAACAUUGAAAAAAUUCUGUAACGAAAGUCCAGAACGUGAAAUUUUCCUUCAAAGUUCACCAUGUAUUCAUGGAAAAGUAUUGUCGACAUCAAAAUUUAAAUCAACUUGUAAUUCAUACUAUAUUGCUGCAUUGGAUUUUGCUGCCAAUCGUACAACAGUGGAUGAACGAAUCGAUUCGGUUUGCUGUGCACAUAAUACCUGGGAAGAUUGUACACAAGCAAUGAUUAUAGAAAAAUGUGGCAAAGAAUCUACCGAUCGUUUCCGAUCAUUUAUGGAUAAAACAUUCGGCGGUAUUGGCUCAAUAAUGUGUCCACGUGGAAUAUUUCCGGCUACCGGUAAAGUAUGUAAACAAGCAUUACCACCGAACGGUACUCGUCCAAAGGGUAAAAUUUCGGAAAAUUUUCUUGGAAAAUAUCUCAAUAGUUAUCUAAGUUUUAUCAUUACUAAUUCAUAA